CAGCCGCUGUACUACACUGUUACCUUUGGUGUCAGUCGUGCGUUGGGUCCGUUGGCUCAGUUGGUCUGGGACCGUGCUUUGGGUCUGCCUAUUGAGCGUCCUAGGAGUAUCAACCUCUUAGGCUUGAAGAAAUGGAUUUAUCUACCGUUAUCAACUGUAUCAUGGCUGGCCCAUGAAAUCGUUACUUUAUUUUCAAGUUAUAUAGCAAUAUACUUGUAUACUUGUAUUCUAAGCCCUGCAUAG